AGUCCCACUCUGUUAGUUGUGGACAGGCUCUCACCUCUCAGCCAGGCUCCUCUCUUGCUCCCAGCGUGCUUUUAAUGUGCUCCUGUCCUUCCUCCACACCUGUGCUCACCCUUCUUUCGAGAUGAUUAAGUGACUGCUGUUCAGAAAAAGUUGCAUGCACAUACACACCCUUUCAUGGGACAUUUACAUUCUUUUUUUUUCCAUUAUAGAAAAUUACUUAUUCAUAAGGAAGAUAUCAAGAGAGGAACAAGGGAACUACAAAAGAGCCAGGAAAAAUUAAUUAAAUGGAAUUAGUUUUUUUCCUCCUGUGAACCGUGAGCAAUCUCAUGGCAGGAACCUUCUGUCAUCACUCGUUCAUCCUCACACUCCAACACCUGGCAAAGUGCUCAUCACAGGAGACCUGUUAUGAUGAUGUGUGUGGUGUGCACCACACUCCCCAGCUUCAGCUUUUCUGUAGCAGUAACUGAGGUUCAAAAGCAUAUUAAUGGUACUGCUGAUGUCUUACCUAACACCUUGCCUGAUCUGCCAGUCUCUCUGGUUCUGACUUCCUUGAUCAUAGUUGACAUUAUUGAAAAACUCAGGAUAUAUCCUCUUAGGGGAAAGCAAAAAGGUAAUGAAGAUAAGCACAUCCCUACUUCCACUUUGGAACAAAUAAAAACUGUGACGGAUCAAGGGAGGCAAAAUGAAGGAAACGCCACGCAUCCCCAGCCGGCCAGGAGGACAGAGCUAUCUCAGCCGUCAGCAGCCACAGCGCAGCGGUCUGCUCCUGAGCAGGCUGUGCCCCAGGAGCCCUCUUUCCAAUCUGGAAUCCUGAGAACCAUGUCCCAAUCGGAUGUGCGAGCGGAGAUUUUCCUGUGGAGCUUUCUGCUGUGGUCAGACACGGUGGAGAUGAUGCGUGUGGCCGGUCACCAAGCCGUAUACAAGUCAGCCUGGAUAUACCCGGUUUACAUAUUUAGUUUUAUUUCCCUUCUGCGAAUCAUACUCACUCCUCAGAACCCUCUCCUGAGUUCCCUGGGCAUCCUGCUCCAGGAUUUACCCUUCAUUUUUGUCAGACUCAGUUUAAUCAUUGACUUGGGAACCAUCACCCCCGUACUGGGCCUUUGCAAAAAUGUCCUGGUGACUCUUUCCUAUGUUUACUUCAGUCACUUAACCAAACUCAGGGUGUUCUCUACCUUUGAAUUCUCUUCAUUUUAAAAGGAACGUGUAAUAUAGUCAGACUUCUUUAUUAUGCAUGUGUACACAUUUGUAUUCUUAUUAUUU